AUGUACGAAGAAUCGUCCUGGUACAGUUUCGUCCCCGACCUGACUGGAAAGAAAGCGACAGCAGCAAAUCCCGCCAAAGGACACAAGCGGAAGGAGUCCCUUCUCCAGCAGCCCAAUGGCACCCAUACCGUUGUUCACCAGCCUCCUUCUCUCACCGAUAUCCUAGAGAAAGACGACGAUAGUCCCCCGGAACCGACCGUAGCUCGCCGAGCGAGUUCGUUUUCCAAUCUCAGACAUCUCUCAACUUCCUCGAGCGACGAUGCGCCAACACCGCCUGGAACAAGCCGGGUGAAGACGUCCGGAGAUAGGAAUUGGGAUGCCUUGGAUAUACCGACUUCAAAGCGCCGAGAUGAGCUUGCUAUUCUACCAGUUCUAGACACGAGUACCGACCAAUUACUACAGGAGAGCCGGCGAGGAUAUAGCCUAUACCGUGACCAGUUGUCCCUUGCCGAGAACCAUCUCGACUCCUUGAUUCAGGAUGCCAACAAGAGUCUUGCUUUACUGACAACUUUGUCGACGUCAUUCAAGUCUGUCGAGGCCCAAACGUCGUCCUUCCAGGCUCGCUGCGACACCCUCCUCAAGGACCAGGCCCGGCUAGAGAAACUUGCAAACGAAGUCGGAACGAGUCUAUAUUACUAUGCGUACCUCGAGAAUGUCAGUAGACGACUGAACGCUCCUGGCGCUGGCAGGCUUGCUGAACACCAUGAUCUCGCCGAAGUCUUGGAUGACCUGGAGAGCUGCAUAGACUUUAUGACAAAACACUCUACCUACAGGGAUGCCGAGUCUUACCUGGCGAGGUACCAGUCAUUAUUGACGAAAGCGCUACACCUGCUGGAAGUUGGGUUUUCUAAGCAUUUGGAGACGGUGUCCCAGGAUAUCUCUCGACAGCUUGGAUCCACGCAAUCCGAAUCUACAUUGUACGCCUUGGCAUACGGCAGGUUUGAGGAGAUGAUACUAGAAUCAUAUUCCCUGAUUCCCAAUGUCUGCAAAGUGAUACGCAAAGCGUACGACGAGGAAGGGAAUCCAAGGUCCGGGACAGCAUCGGACAUAUACACCAACACGGCCAACAACAUCUUCCACUCCUACCUCUCGACACGCGACCGCGACCUCCGACUGUCAGUCCAGCGCGAGAUCGAAGCCUUCGAAAAGGAAGCCAAAACCCCGGCGCUCGAAAGCGCAUGCCGCACCUUCACUAAGCAGUGCUUCGAGCGGGCCUACAACGAAGGCAACCUAUUCACCAAGAUCUUCUCCAUCACCGCCCUCCCGAGCACUUCCCCCGAGUCCGCAUUCCAGGCCUUGCGGUCCAGUCAACGGUGGCUCAUCACGCCCGCUAACCUGAAGCCCCUCGCGACGAGUCUGCAGACGGCGUUGCAGCCCCCGACCGACCUGACCAAGAUUUGCAAUUUCGUGGGCUGGCUGACCCACGAGUACCUCAUCUCCGAGUACUACGAGGAGGAUGAGUCGCCGUUUACGAGCCAGUGUAGACAAUAUACGGCCUCGUUGCUGUCGGAGCAUCUUUGGGCGUUUACGGAUAAUGCUUUCGAGGCGGAGACGACCAAGUCUAUAGCGAGGGCGGAGAUAUCGGUGGAGUCUGCGGGUGUUCAUCCGGUUCUCAAGCGAGCUAUUGAGCUUCUUGCCAUGUUUGACCAAUGCAUGCCAAAGGAGCGUUGUCAACAAGACAGCCCCGUCGUCUUCAGAAUCGUUCGCGAAACAAUCCACAUCCUCCAACGCGUCGAAUCCAAAAUUAAAUCCACCAAAUCAUCCCCCAUCGACCCGGACCUAUUCACUAUCAAAAACCUCCUUGUGCUCAAAAACGAGCUCGUCUCCCUCGAAAUCGGCGACAUCCGCAGCCAAGCCUCCUCCUCGAUGCAGCACUUCACCCGCAUCUGGGAAACCAUGUCCCCCGGCAACUGGCUCGGCUUCUUCACCAACAUCGUCGGCGGCACCCUCUGGUCCCCCGCGCGCUCCCCUGCGCCCGCCGUGACGGCCAAGACGCUCACGGUGGAGGACAUGAGCGAGCAGCUCGAUGAAUUGCUGAGGCAGUCGAUUUAUGCGUUUACGAGGCGGUGGGCGGCGCAGAUGAAUGAUGCGUCAUCGGGGGGUAGGGCGGGCGGGCGGUCGUUGGGGAAGAUCCAGACGGAGUUGGGGCAGAAGUUGAGGGAGGUUUUUAGUGAGCAGCCGGAGGUUGUGGGGAAGUUGAUGGAGGCUAUCGAGAUUAAUGCGCAGGCGCUCAAGGAUGCGGAGGCGGAGAAGAAGGGGAUUAGGAGGUAUUGA